AUGGCUCUACUAAGAGCCAAUGCACUGGAAGACCACGUGUCACUGAUCGUAAUGACGAUAGAAACAUUUAGAAGACGUCUAGAACCAAUCCAAGACUCACCGCCCCUGCGAUCACACGGGAAGUUUUCUUGAAUUCGCCAUCUCCGCCAUCCGUCUCGACUGUGAAACGACGUCUGAAUGCUGCUGGAAUCAUGGGAAGACGUGCAGUGCAAAAACCGCUGAUUUCUGAAAAGAAUCUAGCCGCCAGGGUGAAGUGGGCGAAGGAGCAUCUCAACUGGACCCGUCAAGACUGGAACAAGAUUCUGUCGUCCGACGAAACGGUUCUGCACCAUGUUUCACAAAGGGUAAUUGGUAUUUCGGAUGA